AUGUCUUCAUAUAGCAACGAUAUUUUUGGUGGUUUUCAUAAUUCAUAUAAUUCAUUCUUGUUUUCUUUACCAUUAUCACACUCACCACCAAUAUUACCACAUUACUCCUCCACUUCCGAAUCACCAUUUCCUCCAUCGAAUUUUAACGGUAGCAAUCGCAUUUUUCAUUAUCGAUCAAUUAUUCCUUAUCGUCACGUAAAACGUCGUCGUCGUUUAACAGAAGAAGAAACGAAUAUUUUAAUUAAUACAUUUGAAAAGGUUCAAAAACCUGAUUCAGAAUUACGUUCACAAUUAGCUACUCAACUUAAUAUGUCAUCUAGAGCUAUUCAAGUAUGGUUUCAAAAUCGUAGAGCCAAAGUAAAACGGGACACAUUGGAAUCUAAAAAUGCGUCUAAAAUGAAUAAACCAAAGAAAUUAACUUUAUCGACAGAUUAUUAUCGCGAAAAAAAAUCAGUAGAUUCAAAUAAUUCUAAUAAUUCAACAAAUAAUUCAGCGACAACAUCAUUUUUACCUUCUUCAUCAAUUAAUAACAAAACAAAAGUAGUUAAUUCUCAAAGAACUCAAAAUGAACAAGCCGAACAAGAUGAUUAUUGGAAUAUAUCGACUUGGAAUGACAAUCGAGCAACUUUUGCUGCUUUUUUCGAUCAACGUAUUAUGGGUAUAAAUAUAGAAGAAAUUCCUAUAGGCCCUGAUAAUAUUCCUACUACGGAUUUUAUCUGCAUACCCGAUGAUCGAUGUGAUCGAAGUCACGAGAUGGAAAAUCAACCUCCAUUAUCACGUAAAAAUGCUUUGGCAAUUGGAUUAGGAUUAGGAGGUGGGGUCGUUCUUAUAAUUCUAGUUUUUAUGGGAGUUAUCUUUUUCAAGAGACGCAAAAAGGAACCAAUUCUUGAAAUACCUUCAUCAGAAAUUUAA